AUGGGGGGCACACCUUAUAAAUGCUUGGAGUGUGGAAAGAGCUUCAGUGACAGUAGGUCCCUUAGUUCACGUCACAGAAUUCAUACAGGAGACACACCUUAUAAAUGCUUGGAUGGUGGAAAGGGGUUCAGUUACAGCUCCGUUAGUCAGGGAAAGAUAAAGGAUUUUAAAGCUUUUAGUUGGAGCACAAAGGAAAAGCUUCUCAUCGGAACCAGCAGCUACCGGAAGUUCACAAUGUCUACUCUUUCUUCAGAGCUGCCCUUGCUAGAGCAGAAGGGAAGAUUGCGAAAGAGGGACUUCCUUUUCCUGUCCCACCUACAUGAAAGAUAUGUAGUGAGCGAGCGGGGAACAGUGACCUUUCAGGAGGUGUCCUUGCAUUUCACUGAGGAGGAAAGUGUCCUGCUGGAUCCAGGCCAGAGAGCUCUGUACAAGGAGGUCAUGCAGGAGAUUCAUGAGAUGACAACCUAUCUGGGAGAUACCUGGAGGAUCACAGCUGAGGAAGAACCAUCAGAAGUGUCACAACAAAGAGGCAAGGAGCAGAAGGAGAAACCAAACUUGGGAAGUGAGGAAGGAGCAGAGAUACAAGAGGGAAGACAAACACAGAACCUGUGGGAUGAAUCCAGAGCUUCUCACAGGGAUGAAAAUAAGAUUCAGGGGAGCACUUUUCACCUAAAGAUAACGAGCAUGUCUCCUGAGUACAGUAAACUCUUAAGUUGCCAAAAAGGCUUGACUACACAUCAGACAAGGUAUAUGAGAGAGAGACCCUAUAAAUGCUUGGAGUGUGGAAUGAGCUUUACUCAGAAUUACAGUCUUCAGAGACAUCAAAGAACUCAUACAGGGGACAAACCUUAUGAAUGCAUGGAGUGUGGAAAGAGCUUCAGUCAGAAUAACCACCUUGCUACACAUCAACAAAUUCAUACAGGAGACAAACCUUAUCAAUGCCUAGAAUGUGGAAAGAACUUCUGUGCACGUAGCAAUCUUACUAAACAUCAAAGAACUCAUACAGGGGACAAACCUUAUCAAUGCUUGGAGUGUGGAAAGAGCUUCAUUGACAGUAGGUCCCUUGGAAGACAUCACAGAACUCAUACAGGGGAGAAAACUUAUCAAUGCUUGGAGUGUGGAAAGAGCUUCAUUGACAGUAGGUCCCUUACAAGACAUCACAGAACUCAUACAGGGGAGAAACCUUAUCAAUGCAUGGAGUGUGGAAAGAGCUUCAUUGACAGUAGGUCCCUUACAAGACAUCACAGAACUCAUACAGGGGAGAAACCUUAUCAAUGCUUGGAGUGUGGAAAGAGCUUCAUUGACAGUAGGUCCCUUAUAAGACAUCACAGAACUCAUACAGGGGAGAAACCUUAUAAAUGCAUGGAGUGUGGAACGAGCUUCAUUGACAGUAGGUCCCUUACAAGACAUCACAGAACUCAUACAGGGGAGAAACCUUAUCAAUGCUUGAAGUGUGGAAAGAGCUUCAUUGACAGUAGGUCCCUUACAAGACAUCACAGAACUCAUACAGGGGACAAACCUUAUCAAUGCUUGGAGUGUGGAAAGAGCUUCAUUGACAGUAGGUCCCUUAGUUCUCAUCAAAGAACACAUACAGGAGACAAACCUUAUCAAUGCUUGGAGUGUGGAAAAAGCUUCAAACACAAUUACUCCCAUACUUCGCAUCACAGAACUCAUACAGGGGAGAAACCUUAUACAUGCUUGGAGUGUGGAAAGAGCCUCGUUCAAAAAUGCACCCUUGCUGCACAUCAAAUAACUCAUUCAGGGGACAAACCACAUAAAUGCUUGGAGUGUGGAAAGGGCUUCAGUCAGAGUACCACCCUUGCUGUACAUCAAAGGACUCAUAACAAUGACAAACCUUAUGAAUGCAUGGAGUGUGGAAAGAGCUUCAAGCAAAAGUCCUCCCUUAUCUCACAUCAAAGGAGUCAUACAGGAGAGAAGCCUUAUGAAUGCAGGGAGUGUGGAAAGAAGUUCAUUAACAGUAGCUCCCUUACUCAGCAUCAAAGAAUUCAUACAGAAGACAAACCUUAUGAAUGCACUGAGUGUGGAAAGAGGUACAGGUUCAAGCACUCCCUUACUUUGCAUCAAAGAAUUCAUACGGGAGACAGACCUUAUAAAUGCAGGGAAUGUGGUAAGAGCUUCCCUCACAGUCAUGCCUUUACUUUACACCAAAGAACUCAUACAGGGGACAAACCUUAUGAAUGCAUGGAGUGUGGAAAGAGCUUCAUUACCAGUAGCUCCCUUAGAUUACAUCACAGAAUUCAUACAGGGGAGAAACCUUAUCAAUGCCUGGAAUGUGGAAAGAGCUUCAGUGAAAGUGGCAAUCUUACUACACAUCAAAGAACACAUACAGGAGUCAAACCUUAUAAAUGCAUGGAGUGUGGAAAGAGCUUCAGAUACAGUUACUCCCUUAUUUCGCAUCACAGAACUCACACAGGGGACAAACCUUAUAAAUGCCUGGAGUGUGGAAAGAGCUUCAUUGACAGUAGGUCCCUUACAAGACAUCACAGAACUCAUACAGGGGAGAAACCUUAUAAAUGCUUGGAGUGUGGAAAGAGUUUCAACCGUCACCACCACCUUACUUCUCAUCACAGAACUCAUACAGGGGAGAAACCUUAUAAAUGCUUGGAGUGUGGAAAGAGCUACAGUGACCAUAGCCACUUUAGUAGACAUCAAAGAACUCAUACAGGGGAUAAACCUGAUAAAUGCUUGGAGUAUGGAAAGACCUAUAGUGACAGUAGCUCCCUUAUUUCCUUUGGAGGACCCUUCAAAGGGCCAUUGUGAAUUGCGUGGAAGGCACUUUGAGGGUAAAGUUGCUCGCCUCUGUAGCAAUCAUGAUGCCCUGUCUACAUCUACUGUAGUCCCCAGUAAGGUAUCCAGUGCAAUGUCUUCUGCAAAUUCUUGGGAUUGGUUUCAGUUGAUGCAGCCUGAUGACGCGGGCAAGGUGCUUGCGAUGAUGCGGCCAGCAAUGUGUCCUCUCGACCCUUGCAGUUCUUGGCUUUUUAAAGCUUCUCGAGGAGAUUUGACCAAGUGGAUGCAGGGUGUGGUCAACACGUCGUUGUGGGAAGGAGUGGUUCCAGCCACCCUGAAAGAGGUAGUGAUCCAACCGCUCCUGAAAAAGCAUACCCUGGACCCACUAGUUUGUGACAACUACUGCCUGGUUGCAAAUACCCCCUUUUUAGGGAAGGUGAUUGUGAUGGGAAAUUUAGGGGUCCAUUGGACCGGAGGUCCUGAAGAGAUUGAGGACACAGGCUUGUAGCAAAAAGGUAGGCCUUUAUUUAGUAAGGAAACUUACAGGUUGUCAGUUUCCCAUGAUGUUCAUUGGAGCUCUGGCACAUGGCACUGAUGGUCACAAUUUUAUACCUUCCAAGUCAAAGAAAUUAGCAUCUUCCAAUCCAAAAGUUAUACAUCAUCAAUACAUAGUUAUGAUGCUGCCUACAUUAAACUAGCCAACCACAUAAUAAUCAGAAUUCCUAAUACCAGCCCAUCGCUUAUCUGACCUAAUACAUUCCAAAGCUGACUCUUCCUGACCCUUUGGAGACACUGAGAAUGCUUUAGCAAGGUCUUACCCCCCUUUAUGUAAUUUCCAGAGUCUUCCUGUCCUAGCAUACUGAACAUUCCAAGAAGAGACCUUGCAAGUGACCUCAAAGAAACAAAAUCAGCAGGGAGGAAGAGAUUUUCAGCUUUGAUUCACAUACUGAGUUAUAACUUCAAUAUUCCUAAAGAAUAUAUAUUUAUUAGUUUAUAAAAAUUUCACAUCAUCUCCCCCCUUGGAAGCCAGCUAGAAAACUAGCUUCACACAAUCUGGCCCGAUUCCUUUGGUGAGGGUGGAGUUGAAAACAUCUCCUUAUCACAGAUUUUUGGACUUGAUACACGGUGCCUUUCAGCUGUUCCCAGAUUGCAGUUAAAAAUUAGCUCAAGACGCUUCGCAGACAAGUAUCUGUAGCCUGCUGUACAACCCCCCUCAGGCGAAGGCUACGCAACUGCCAGACAGAAUGGAAGAACGGCAGUUCUCAUCCUCCUCCUCUGGUAUGGGUGGCUUGUGUCUGGGCAUGGAUGGCUUGUGUCUUGACAAAAUGUAAUGAAAGGCUGAUAUGUGAGGUAAUUUGUUCUCUCCCAGAGAACCGUGCAGGACCAAACAGUUCUGCUUUAGGUGGUCAACCUGUAUUCAGAGGAUUUAAUACAUUCAGUUUUAUUAGUCUUGAGUACUAUUUGGCUCGCCUCCCCAAGGCACUCUUCGCAUUCGUCAUCCAAUCGUCUCCCACUUUAUCCUCAGCAGCCACUGAAUGAGCACUCUAAAUGUCUUUAUGGAAGAGAAGAAAGGAACUGGAAAAGAGAAAAUAAGUCAUAGGAAUAACACAGUCUCUGCAGCUUUACAAAUAGUCCAGCAGCUAGGUAGUUCAUCCACUACCCCCCUUUGCUCGUCAGGGCUGGAGUCGUCCUCUUAAAGAUCAGGGAUCUCUCCUGUAACCCUUACCUGGGCAAUCAAGCCUGAGUCAAGGGUUUCCUCAAUUGUUCUGGGAUGUCCUUAUCUGUUUCGUCUGGGCAAAAAUCUGUCUCCUCUGGUUCGGAGGUUGGUGGUGGUAUCUCUCUGCUGCCUGGGUCAACUAUUCUGUGGGCGUGGCUCUCUGCUUGACCGGUAUAGCUAUAUUGGUGGUCAGCAGAACUUGAAAAGGACCUUGGCACCUGGGCUGGAUAGAAUGGCAGGGUACAUCUGUAGUACUGAGAGGGCGUCCUGUACCUUAGAAGAAAGACUUAACAACUCUGGACAGAUGUAUAACAUAAUUAGUAAGCUCAUCAUAAUGUUCAGAAGGUUCAAAGUCUGACUUUCUGAGGUGACUCAGUUCCUAAUAACAAAGAUCUACCAGGCACUGUUUAAUGAGGAGUUAAUCCAUGUUUUCUAAUAUGACAUGUUGCUAAUAUGCAUGAGCACCGAAGGCAAAACCUGAGGUUAUUUGAGACCAAUCUGAGACUGUGUUUUGUUGCAGUGCUGUGCAUCAUUUCUCCAUUAAUUUUCUGUGAAGUGCCCCCCUUUGUCAGAGUCUAUCUUACAUGGUAUACCAAUCUAUGACCCAGUAACGAACCAAAUCAAUUUGCAGAUUGCAAUUUUUGAAGAGGCCCAUAAGAUCGCUUGUGAGCACUCUAGACGGCGGUCUCUCUGUGUUGACAAGUAGCACUGGAGGAUGCAACGUGCUGCCUCCACAUGAAUACCUGGCACGUACCAGUGUUUCAGGAUUUCCUCAGCUUAUUGGCUCUGCUAAGCACAGCUAUCCCCCCUUUGCUCAUUACCCAUUUCAUGGGUCACCAAGCAAAAGACGAAUCAGGAGUCUGGGUUCCCCUUGCAAAUCUGCCACUAACAUCUUGGUGUUUAUAGGCAUAGAGGCACAACUUAGAAAUGAGAAAGAAGCCGGUGAUCCGUGAGCCAGGCAGCUGGUCAGCUUUCUGAUUACCUAGAGAAAUAGAAUCUGUUAGAUUAGUAUGUGCCUUACAGUGAAUAACAGAAAUGACAGAUGGAAGGAGAAUCAAAUCAAAUCAAUCAAAUGUCCAUGUGACACAGGAGACUCAGAAGAAGCCAGGAAUCCCCUGUUUUCCAGUUUGUCCUACAAAAUGAUAGACACCAAAACAAAUUUAGAAUCGGUAUAAAUGAAUACAGUUUGACCAGAGGGUAGGAUAUAGGCACGGGUGAGUUCAAAUUGCUUAGGCACUUUCGAUACCUAGAAGACAAUGAGCUUCAAGAAUAAUGUGAGCAGAAACCACAGCAUAGUCACAAUUAUACGGCGCGGGACCUCGAUAUCUGUUGGAACGCCUCUCCCGCUAUGAACCGGCUCGUACACUACGGUCUGCUACGAAGGCCUUCCUCCGGGUCCCUACUCAUAGGGAGGCCCGGAGGGCGGUGACAAGAUCAAGGGCCUUCUCAGUGGUGGCCCCCGAACUAUGGAAUAGUCUUCCCGAGGAGGUUCGCCUGGCGCCGACACUAUCAUACUUUCGGCACCAGGUUAAAACCUUUCUCUACUCCAAGGCAUUUUAAUUUUUUGUUAAUGAUUGUAAUGUUUGUAAUUUGAUUUUAGCCUUUGCUGUUUUUAGAUUGUGAAAUUUGAUUGUGAUGUUUUUAUACUAUAUUGUAUUUUAUUGUAUCGAUGUUCACUGCCCAGAGAGCUAUUGCUAGUCGGGCGGUAUAUAAGUUUUAAAAAUAAAUAAAAUAAAUAAAUAAAUUCUCAAAUUCAUCACAUUUACAAAAACCAUUGUGUAGAGAAUCAAAUCCAGGGUAGGGGAAAAAAAUCAGAAAGGUCUGGCUUGGGCGUAACUGCCAUUUAACCCAGGGCAACAUAGUCAUAGAGAUCUAAAAU